AAGGUGAAUCAGAGUCCCACGCACUGCUGCAUUGCGCAUGGCAUUUGCCGCAGCACCCCGAGCAUCCCUCGUUGUCCAGGGCAACGGUCGUCAUGGAGACAUUGAUUUGCCCUAUCAACCCUUGGACCCCCCACCCCCAUCCCCACAAGGCGUUUUGGCGGGAAAAGGAGGGGUAGAGUAUGAUUUUGGUAAAGGAAAUCAGUUCUCUAGUGAGUCCCUGCUCCAUACACAUAUACAUACGUAAUGUAUAGUGAGCACAGCAUGGUCAAGUCAUAUGUAUUUUUAACAUAGCCUGAGUUUAUGAUGUAUGUUAUAAUACUCUCCAAAUUGCAUGUAUUUAUGUUGCAGUGAGGCUGCUUGUGCCUAUUUUCUUUGCAAAAUGGCUGAGAAGACUGUUUUUUCUGCUUUAACCUCUUUUUUUUGCUUCUCAGUUUCCACUCCAAUAUGAAGGCCUAAAGCAAGAGGAUAAAACACCACCCGGCGCUUCAAGAAGGCCUACCCCAUGACAAAAUGAGAGCACAGGCAGCAAGGGUUGGGGUUGGGAACCGGGACGGGCUCUCGGCUCUUGAUUCUCUUUUUGAAGAACAUGACCAAUUGAUUGGCUGCACCCACGAUUACUAGGCUGGAAAAAUACGCAUAACAGUUAAUUCUGGCGGUGUUUUUUCCCCUCGCUCAGAUCAGCCCCGGUCACUAUGGGAACACGGCGGGCCGUUGUCAGGAUGUGGGGUCCUUGGGAGUGGGAGUCCAGCUGCGUCCACCUCCGGUGUUCAUCCACCGCCGGCCUCCCAUCCCCCCGCCGGGCCCCAGCCUGGCCGGAUCUGUUUUUCCAAACCGAGAGAGGAUUGACUCACCACUCCGGUUUCAAAACAGGCCAUGAACCGGGUGGGGGAGGGCGGCAGUUAACGUUAAAGGCCCUGUUUAAACAGGUGUUUCAGCUCACCACACAUUCGCAUGCAACAGCUGGCUUACAGAGUAUUUCAUUUGUUAUGCGUAAAGUUGCUUGAAGAUAUGCAAUGACGUCAGGGUCGGCAAAAUCAGACGCCAAUCUCGCUGUUCUUUUUUUUUUUUUUUUUUUUUUACGUUUUAAGCAAUUUCAUGCAGACUGUACUGCUGGUUUCAAAAAUGCAUCUUUGCAGGAAAAAUCAAUUUAGUGGAAAUCAGCGGCAGGGGAGUCAUGUGAAAGUCCAGUCUGUAUCUCUAUUGAGUAAGCUGUUCUGUGAAGAAAAAGUUAAAAAUGAUUUAAAAAAAAAGAGAUAGGUCAUAAGAAAGCCUUAUGAAAAGAGGCAGACAGGAGUACCUAAUUUUUCUGAAUGGUAGAGCAUUAUAUACAAAUCUAUUGACUAGAAUGUAUUGAUUUUAAUGAUGAAAAACAUUGAGCUGUUGUGCUUAUCUGCUUCUUUCAAUAACCCCCUACUGUGGGCCUUUCAGCAAAGUAAACAUGCUUUUGUUUUGCUGUCAUUACCCUCUACUAUCUACCACUGGUCUCAAUCUAUGUUUUGUUUGUGAAACAUUUUGUUCUCCCACAGGCCUAGGUUUUUAUUAGCUAAUUAGUUUUAGCAACAUUGAGGACAGGAUCAGAUCUAGCUCUGUUUGUUGACUGGACAGAGACUUGUAGGUCCCCAGGCCCUGUUUCAUAGACAUUUCUGUCCCCUCCCAUGUCUUCCGUCUCCUCUUACAGACUCUCCUCCCAUUCUCUGCCUGCCCAACAAGCAUUUUCAGAUAGCUAAAACUUGCUUAGUCUGGUCCUUCUGUGGACUCCCUGUCCUAAGGCAGAAACACAACUCUGUAAUGACAGGUCUGGAAAAAAGUGGUGUUUACACUGGGACAACAUCCACCAACUCACUGAUGACAAAAUAUUGAUGAGACUCCAAAGUGCAUUUGUGAAAAGGUCCUUCUAUGUCCUGUGCCUCUGCACAGGCAAUCCGUGGUUGAAAUCCAUUUCCAAGAUAUCCACUCCCGUCCCUUUACUGGUACCUCUUGCUGUUCAAAAAUUGAUUUCCCAAAGACCAUUGAGUGUAUCAGAUCCCAGACAGUUUUGACAGGCAACUGUUUGUUGCAAUCACAAAAUAAUGGCUGUAACUCAAGAGCUCAUUCAGGGCCCGCAACAAGCUGGAGUAAAUACUUCUUUAAGUCUUUGAGUCUGAAAAAUUGUAUUUACUGUUGGUGUGACUGGGUUAUUAAAGGUUAUUCAACCUACAGGGGGUUCUUGAUACGGUUUAUAGUGUGUAUGCAGGUCUGACAUUGAUUGGGUAUGGUAUGCAAUGUUGAACCCAGAUUAGAAUAUAUACACUGGUAUUGCUUACAGUAGCAGCAUUUGAGUCAAAGUUUGUAGAUAUUGGUAACAGCUAGCUUUCUCUGUCAUUAUUUGCACUCUUUUUAAUAGCUUCUUGGACAUGAGCUUCACAAAUUAAAUUAAGGACUGCCCAUACAGCAGAUAACCUGACAACAAAACGCUUACAAACUACAAACCAGUAUUUACCAGUGACCAGUAUAAUCUGGUAUAAAUGGUCAAAUAUAUCUCAAAUCUGUUUUCAUUAUUUUGUGUCAUACAGUUCAUAAUAGUUCAUAAAGUUGUGUGGGAAUUGGUUGAUACAUUUGUAAAACAAAAUGGAUGUAUAUUUCAACAGCAACAACUUUCCAAAGAGGAGGGAGUGUGUGGGUUUUGCCUUAUUUUGCAGAGAAUUCAAUUCCAGCUUCCACAGGUAGCCCAAGAGUAAAAUAAAAGCCUUAUCAAGGGUGAAUCCAAACUGUCCUCUAAAAAUAAAACAAAUGUUAAAUCAGUCAUCUAUCCUUUUAAAUCUAAAGUUUAUACAAAACUCUUUGCAACUUCCUCAGACUAUAAAUUGUGACAUAUAAAUAAACUUUCCUUAUUUUAUCACUUAAUAUGGAUUUCACAUCAGUUAUUGAAAUUAUGAUCUCAAAGGCAAAGAAAAAAGCCCAGAUUUACUUUGAUACAAAAGCUCCCUGAAAUAGUUUACAGAAAUAAAAACAUUUAUUUAUUUAUGGUAAUAUUUCAACGGUGAUUAUGUGUUUUGACCAUAUUUUGUAGUAUGGUUUUAUCUCCUUGUAUCACAUAAUUUGUGUUACUUAGUUAUAAAGGAUUCAAAAAGGAAGAAGUCAUUUGGUAUUCAUGUAGAUUUUCAACCAUAAGUUAGGAAUGUUUUAAUAUUUGUGUUAGUAAAGCUAAAUAGCCUUGUUUUGAUACACUUUCAAAGCCUAAUGAAAAUAUUGUAAAUGUAGCUAAGUAGUUGCUAACAUUAAAUAUGUGUAUACCUCCUUUAAACUUUGAAUCUUUAACAACAUCAACUUUGGAGCUUCAACAAAAAAAAAAAAUGCAAAUGUGAGACGACUGCAGGCAAACAGUGUUAUUUCAGUGAGAGACGGUGAGGGACAGUUUGUUUUUUGUUUAACGUGUCGUUAACGGCAGAGACACAAUGAUUAACUACCACACGAUGAGUCAACAUAGCUGUUAGCCGUUUAUGUUCGACCUCACCGGCUGUCAAAAAGCUGGCUAGCGGGGGUUGAUCUCACGGCGGUUACACAGUGCGGGAAAUUAACGUUAACUCAACCGCCCCUUUGCUCAACGGAUUUUUACAACGGCCGUUUUUUUGGCUGGUUUUUACCCACAGUCAUGUGAUUGUAACGUAAAACCCCUAACCGGAAAACACCGACGGACGACCCUCUCCGCCGCCAACGAAUGCAGCGUUUGCAAGGAACAGUACAAGCUGCUGCGAGCCCAGAGAGGACGGACGAGUCCCCGGUAACAAACAAACAACGGCGACACGGCAAACUCCACGGAAUUAAGCAGAGUGCAGGUUGAAGAAUGGAGUUGGCCAACCAUGGUCUUAUCCUGCUGCAGCAGCUUAACGCUCAGAGGGAGUUUGGCUUCCUGUGCGACUGCACUGUGGCUAUAGGAGAUGUCUUCUUCAAAGCCCACAAAGCCGUCCUCGCUGCCUUCUCCAACUACUUCCGAAUGCUCUUCAUUCACCAGGACAGUGACUGUGUGCGCCUGAAGGCUGCUGACAUACAGCCAGACAUCUUCAGCUACCUCCUCAACCUGAUGUACACAGGCAAGCUUGCACCCCAGCUGAUAGACCCUGCACGGCUGGAGCAGGGGGUCAGAUUCCUGCAUGCCUAUCCACUCUUGCAGGAGGCCAGCCAGUCUGUGUAUUCACACCCUGAGCACAGCAUCAACCUCUCCACCUCCCUUUAUGGCAUCCAGAUCUCCGACCAACAGGUUGCGCUGUCAGCCCGACUGCCAACUCGACGGCAGCUCUCCUCGCCUUUUGAUGUCGAGCAGCUCGUCUCAGAGGGGAAGUAUCCAUCCACACCAGCUGUCACAGCUUCAUACGCAAACUCCUUACCGUCCAAGCUAGCUUCCUCACCCCCAGACAUGGAGGCCUCAACAAGUGGCACCAAGCCUACAUCUGAGGAGGGGGUAACCGACUUGCUAAGUGCAGGCGGUUCCUCAGCCAGUGCCAUCCUCCAUGUAAAGCCCAGCAUCAUGAAGAGGAGUUCCUCCUUUAGGAAGCAUUACUCGUGUCAUCUGUGCAGGAGCCGAUUCAACCAGAGAUGCCUGCUGAGAGAGCACCUCCUGCAGCACACCCAGGGUCUUCAGCAGCCCCCAACUGAGCCCAGUAAUGCACUCUCACCGGUCAUGGCUGGAGAACAGAGUGUGCUAGAGCUAGAGGGGGUCCUUAAGGGAAUCAAGCAAGGGUCAAUUGCCCCGGCUGCAACUACAGCAGUCGAGAUAAUCAGUGACAGCGAGCAAACGCCUGUUUCAGGUACCAACUCGGACUCUCCCCGAGCAGAGGUGUCCACAUCCAGCUGGGGAUUGGGGGGGUUAAAUUCUCAGGCAGACACACCACCUCCAUCAGACAUUGCGGACAUCGACAACCUGGAGAGUGCCGACUUGGACCGGGAAGUGAAGCGGCGGAAGUAUGAGUGCUCCACCUGUGGGCGCAAGUUCAUUCAGAAGAGCCACUGGCGCGAACACAUGUACAUCCACACAGGAAAGCCCUUCAAAUGCAGCGCUUGUGGCAAGAGCUUCUGCCGGGCCAACCAGGCGGCCCGCCACGUGUGCCUGAACCAGGGAGCCGACACCUACACCAUGGUGGAUCGACAGAGCAUGGAGCUGUGCACUGCAGGCGACGACAACAGCCAGAUGGAGGCGAUGUUCUUGGGCUCGUCGAAGCCUUACAAGUGUAACAUUUGUGCAACCACCUUCUCCAGUCCCAAUGAGGUGAUCAAACACCUGUGCUUCACCCAAGGGGGGUUAGUGGGACUGCAGGGAAACACAGGGGCAGGGAUCCUGCUCAAACGUGAAGAGUUUUCCAAAGAUGAAGGCUCUGAUUUGUCCAACUCUGGCACCCCACUAGAACCCAUAAAGACUGAGGAGAUCCUCGUGGAGUAAUGCCAAAACUGUGUCCUUUUUAACAUGUAUGUUUAUUUUCUAAAUUAUGGUUAAUACGUAAGCUAAAGUUAGUCAGGGUAUGUAUGUUGGAGGUUCUCAAUCUACUUAAUUUUUUUUUUUUUUAACCCUGUGACAAAAAGCAAAUAGCCUAUAGCUCUCAGGAGUCCAAACCAACAUCAUUAGAAAGCAAAUAAAAUUAACAUUUGGCUCAAGGAUAAGUUAAAUACCAAUGAGGGAGAGGAAGUGACUAUUACUUUGUUUCAUUUCAUCAUUUUACUAUUGGCGUACAUCGGUUUUAGACUCUUGUGUCAGUCUGUACCAUAUUGUUUUUUCUUAAGCACCACCAUUGUGGUGAAACUGCACAGGCAAACUUUCAGUGUAAAAAGGAAGAGGAAGCUGAGAUUUCCGGAGGGCAAAGCAUGUUAUGAGAUGAGUUGGCUGUGCUCGAUCUGAGGAGGAGAAAGAAGUGGUAACUACUAACAAUCUGUUUGUACAUGGUCAUAAACGAGAGGCUGAUUCUGCAGAUCAGGUACAGAUUAUAAUUCCAGCUAAAAGCACACAGAAUAUUCAGACCUGAGACAAUCUGUGCUCUUUUAUUUUUGAGCUGACACCCGAUAUGCAGGAAAGUGCAUUUGUCUUCCAUUUAUGUUUUGGCUCAGCAGAAUCUUGAAAUGUAAUGUUAUGACCGUUAAUUGCUCCCUUCUCUGCAACCAUAUAGAUGUUUAUUCUGUAUUUUGUUGAAGUGUGGUUAUGGUCCUUGUCUGAUUGCAGCAUAUAAAAGCACAAUUGCUAGACAUAAUAAGAGUUAGACCAAAAACUGGUCAUAUCACAAGCAAGAGCCGUCAUUGUGUUUACAGUUGUGCCACUUUGAUUAUUUUUUUAAUUUCUCAUUUUUACCUGUUAUGUUGUAUAACUCUUUGGUUACUGACUGAAGAAACAAUAUGUCCCAUCCAGACACACAUACCUUCAUAGGAGGCUGUCCUGUACAAUAUUGUACAUCUCGUCUAUGUUAUAAGUUGCUUGAAUCUACUCCUAAAAGCCCUUAAAUUUAGUUCAACAUGCUUUUCUAAUUUUAUAUACAGUGCUAUAUUUACAAAGGAUACAUUAUAUUGCAAAGGUGUAUGUAUAUUAGUAGACGAAUAGCUUUCAAAAUAGAAAUACAUUUGGUUUAACAAAAGUUUAUGUAUUAGGGAUGGGCAUGAUGAAUUAAUUUUUAAUCUCUUCAAGAUGUUAGGUAAAAUCUGAGCUUGAUUUUCAUUGUAUGAGCUUUUAAAAAUAUGUUAUAAUUAAAAUUAUUCACAAUUUUACAUCCCCUUUGCCAUUGCCAAACUUAUACUAAUUGCUAACCUGACUCAUUUUGUGCAAAGGGAAACAUUUUCUCUAUAUUGUAGAUUAAUAAUAUUGUAGACCUUCUGACAUUUAUAUUUGUUGUAUAAGUUUGUUCAAAUCAGAAAAUAUAAGUAGCGGUUGCAAAAAUAGUCAUUUAUUAAAAAAAACAAAAAACAAAACAAAAAAAUGUGUGGGUGAAAAUAUGCAGAUGAACAUGUUGAAACGUGUAUGAUGUAGCGGUUUAGAGCAGUAGAGUUUGACUGUUUCACUCAGGCAAGUGUGACAUUGUGACAGAGAGAGUUGCCUUUUAAAAAGAUGUUUGCAAGAAAUAUAACAGUGAUAACUCUGUAUAGCAGACUGUCUGGACAAACGUAUGGAAAUAUAACAGAAAAGGUGCCAUUUAUUAUAACUUAACAGCAACAUCAAAUCUUUGGGAUAACGAGCAUUUUCUGUGUACUACUGAUGACUGCAAGUUGUGAAAAAUAUUUACGUACAUGUCCAAUAAAUGUGAAGCAAGCAAAGUGAGAAGGCAGUUAUAUAAUUUAUCAUGUCAGAACAUGUCAAGUGUGAAAAUUCAGCUCCAGUAGUAUAAUUUUAACAGUAGCAGUGAGCAUCUGCUUUGGUUUCUCUGUUGCAAACCUGUGAUUUAACUGAACCUAGAAGGAUAACUUGAAAUUUGAUGUUUUUUUUUCUUGUACUUUCAUAUUUCAUGAUUCACAGUUCACUGGAGAGAGGCUUGUAAAAUAGUCUCAGUAUGAUUAUUGUUUCCUCCAGUAAGAAAUGGAUUCUAUACUAUUGUUAUUAACUACUACAAAAUUGCCUAUUUUUUUUGCUGCAAAUGCUAUAAAAUAAGCUUGUACGCAAAUAAGUUUGGGAUGUUGCCAAUUUAUCCAAUUCAUGAGGUUACAAAAACAUGUCUUCCAAUACUUCUGCAAGGCAUCGAGUCUAAUAAUGUUAGUAUCCUGUUAUCCUAUUUGCUGUGAUCAUCCUCGAGACCAGUUUAACAAUUCACAAGAUUUAAUGAUAUAAUUUGGAACAUAACUUACCAGAGCUCAUUAAUGUGUUUUUUUUUUUUUGUUUUUGUUUUUUUUUUUUAUAAAUAUAGUCUUUGUUUAUUGUUAAUUGACCUAUUUCUGUCUGUUUUAGCGUUUUAAUAAUUUUCUGAAAAAAUGCCCAUCCCUAGUACGUUUAAUAUGCGUUGUUUUCUGUCUUUAUUUUGAGUCAUUUUCACCCAGGCAGACUUUUCAUCUUCAAGUUGUUUUUGUGACAGUGAGGAUGAGGCCCAGCUGAAAUUAGUUUUAAGUGGGAUUUUUUUUUUUUUCUUACUACUUUAAAUCCUACUAUGAUAAGAAUCGGUAAGCAGAUGUUGCUUUGAUGCAGUGAGCCCAGUGUUUGGCUAGAUGGAGCUGUUUUUCUUUACUGUCUACUCAGGUCCGAAGUGAAGGGGAAAUCUAUCAAAUUUGAACAGUGAUAUCUUUAUUAAUGUGGCUGUGUGGUUGCCAAUUAUAACCUUUUGAAUAUAAAUCAAUAUUCCGUCAUAUUUUAGUUCACAUAAAAACACAAAUGUCUGUGAAUUAAUUCAAUGUUACAAGUGUUUCGUAUUGACUAACCGGGAAGGAUUCUUGUUUGUGUCUUGUCUUGGCAAUUGAAAUGCUCUACUACUGACAUUCAUUUCUCAGAGCUAAAGUGAUACACAGAAAUAUGUGCUUUAUGAAAAGUUACAGUUGUAGUUGUUGUUCUGCAAGACCGGUCUUGUAACCUUGUAAGGUUUGUCUCUGUGUGUGUGUUUAAACAUCUCAGUAUCUCAGGAAGAUGAGAAGUUUGACAUUGUCUUUUCUGUCCACUGUUAUUAAUCAAAAUGAUCAUUUCCACAUUUGUGAGGACCCCCACCCAUGAUACUUGAGCGCACACAAAAUUACCCCACUCUCCAGUGCCCAUCUGACAUCUACUGUGACCAGUCUGUGUUCUCAGGAAUGUGAGUAAUUUUCUGUAUAAACAUACCUUUUUUUGUUUUGGUUGUUUUUUUUUCAGUGAAGAAUGAACAAUAAAAACAUGUCUUUUUAUAA